AUGGUUCAGUCCAGAGUGGCAGCAAAUGGUUUUGGGAAAACGAAACCACCACCUUAUUCAGUAAACAUUAUCUUUUAUAUAAUUUUGACUUCAAUUAUAUGUAAUUAUUUUCUACUCAAUUGGGGAGGACGUGGUGACGGUAAUAUUAUUAAUGAUAAUGGUAUACAUGAGAAACAACUGGUCGUAUGGGUAAAACAUCCUUUACAUACCGAUCCCGUCAAAGUUCACGUGUCAUACAAUGCUGACAUUGCCGACGUGAAAAAAGUUGUAAGGCAAGAAUUGCAACCUGCACUUGAUAAAGAGAGUCUUGGUAAAGUAUUACUUUUAAGUCCUAAGCUCGGUCGGUUAAGUCCUCCAACAUUGAUAAGGAAGGUGGUUUUGGACAAAGAUGAAAAUCUAAUCGUUUUCGUGGAUAAUCUUGAAUCUCGAUUAUUCUUGAAGACGAUCACCACAGACCGUCUUCCGUUACAAGUAAAUGCACCUUUAUGCCUUAAAACUGAUGAGGCUUAUAUUGCGGUGGCAAAGAUAUUGAUGGGAAGUUAUUCGCAACAAGACAUAACGGCACUCAGAAAUAGUCUUUGUGAAUCGAGCAUCGAAAGCUGGAGUUCUAGAUAUUCUUAUGCAGGACGCUAG